AUGGCUUUCCUGAUAUUGGUCAUUGGGGACCUCCACAUUCCCGACCGAGCUCUGGACAUCCCUCCCAAGUUCAAGAAGCUCCUAGCCCCCGGAAAGAUAGGCCAGACCAUUUGCCUGGGUAACCUGACCGAUAAGCACACCUACGAGUACCUGCGCACCAUCGCCCCAGACCUGAAGAUCGUCCGCGGCCGGUCUGAUGUCGAUGCGACCUCCCUGCCUCUGAGCCAAGUCGUCACGCACAGCUCCCUGCGCGUCGGCUUCCUCGAGGGCUUCACCCUCGUCAGCAGCGAGCCCGACAUUCUGCUCGCCGAGGCGAACCGGCUCGACGUUGACGUUCUGUGCUGGUCCGGCGGAACCCACAAGUUCGAGUGCUUCGAGUAUAUGGACAAGUUCUUCGUCAAUCCCGGAAGCGCGACGGGCGCGUACUCUACGGGCUGGAGCAAGGAGGGAGAGGAGGUGGUGCCGAGCUUCUGCUUGAUGGACGUACAAGGGAUCUCCUUGACACUAUACGUAUAUCAGCUGAGGAAAGAUGCCAAUGGAGCAGAGAAUGUCGCGGUGGAGAAGGUCACGUAUACCAAGCCGGUAGAGCCGUCUGGCAGCUAG